AUGGAGCUCAACCCCAACCCCUUCUACCCCGACCCCGCUGUCGCCCCCGAUGAUUCGUACGUGGAGGCGGAGGAGGAGGCAGUGCUGGUGGGUGAUGUUGAUGCAGCGGAUUAUGAGGCUGCUGUUGCUGAUGCCUCCACAGGCGACGAGGAUGAUGACGAGGGGCAUGUGGGGGACGAGGAUGAGUGGAGCGACGAGGGUGAUGAUUGGUGGGCCCCAGGUCGCUAUGAGGGGGAGGAGUUGGAGGAGUGGGUGGCGGGGGAGGAAGAUGGCUAG